UUAUUUUUUUAAAUAUAUAAACCAGAAAGGCCAAAGAUUCUCUUUCUAUGUAGCUCUUGUACUAUGUAUAUUAGAUCUAUAGUACAGUAGAUUGUUUUACAUUGCUCUAUGUCAUUUACUCGCAGAAGAAGAUCCAACGAGUUUCUCCUGAAAAGAAAAAUUUUUUUUUUCGUUCUGGCUCAAAUACGAUCCACGAGUUUUUUUUUCCUUUUUACUUUUUCACCAAUCGGUUUCAAAAGUUUCUUCACGUUCCAAGAAAAAUUUUAUCUUCUUCAUUUCAUAUUCUAGUCUUAACAUCUCUAAAGUAUAAAGUGUUGAAUUUUUCAUCAUCAUCAUCAUAUAACCAUCAUGGAUUCGGUCACUACACAUGAGAUUGCCGGUGAUCAUUUGCAAUUAUAUGAAAAAUUCUAUCAGCAGAUAAAUCCGACCAAUUCUGAUAUUAUCAAUGCAAUGGAUGCGGCAAAUUUUCUACGUAAAUCCGGUCUCAAUCAAAUGACAUUGAAAAUUAUUUGGGAUUUAAGCGAUCCAAAUGGUCUUGGUUAUCUGGACAAGAAAUCAUUUUUCGUUUCACUCAAAUUGAUUGCCAUGGUUCAGAAUGGCCGUGAACCAAAUCAUUAUUUAAAAGCAACGUUACCACCACCUAGAAUUAAUGAUGAUUUUUUCAAAUCAAUCGAUUGGAAUAUAUCAACGGAAAAUGCUCAAAAAUUUGCCACCGUAUUCAAUUCGAUGGGUCCAGUUGAAGGAAAAUUAGCUGGAACAAAAGUUAAACCAUAUUUAAUUAGUUCUAAAUUACCGGUGGAAACAUUAACAAAAAUCUGGGAUCUAAGCGAUAUCGAUCAAGAUGGAUUUCUAAAUCUAAAAGAAUUCAUUGUGUGUUGUCAAUUGAUAGCACGAGCCAGUCAAGGUUUUAUAUUGCCAGCCGUAUUGCCCAAUGAAUUAUUAAACUUUAAUCCAGCUGAUCCAUCUGCUCGUUCAUUUUCACGAACAUCAUCAGUAUCGUCACAAUCAUGUGUAUCACCACAUUUGAAUCUGAAUGAAGCCACAAAAUCAACUUCAUCAAAUCAAUGGAUUGUAACAAAUGAAGAGAAAAUAAAAUCUGAUGAAUUAUUCAUCAAAUUAGAUAAAGAUAAUGAUGGUUUAGUUAGCGGUUUAGAUGUUAAAGAUACAUUGCUUGAAAGCGGUCUUCCACAACCGGUACUUGCUCAUAUAUGGAAUUUAUGCGAUAUGAAAGAGACCGGAAAAUUGAAUGCCGAACAAUUUGCAUUGGCACGGUAUUUUAUUCAACAAAAACAGAAUGGUAUAGAACUACCAAUGAAAUUAUUGCCGAAUAUGAUACCACCGACGUUUAGGCCUAAACCUAUGGAAUCUAUAAGUAACGAAAAUAUCAAUGGUUCAAUGAAUUUAUUACAACAACAACAACAACAAAUGGGAACAUCACCUACAUCUUCAACAUCAUCAACUGGUAAUCGAGAAUUGGAUCUUUUACAAGAAGAUAUCAAAAAGAUUCAAUUAGAAAAAACCAAAUAUGAAUCGGAAGUAAUUGCAGAAGAACAAUCACUUCGAUUAAAACAGAGCGAAGUAAAAUCCAUACAUAAUGAGAUCGAAGCAUUGUCACAAAUGUUGAAACAAUUGGAAAAUCAAAAGAAUGAUGCCAAAAAACGUAUCGAUGAUCUCAAUACACAGUUAAAAUAUUUAGAAAAUAAUUUGCAUGAUAUUUCAGUUAAAGUUGAAAAUUUAAAUAAACAAUAUAAUGAACAAAAAAAGAAUAUCGAUGAUCAAGAAUCGGAUUUAAAUUCAAAAAAACAAGAAUUUGAACAAUUAAAAUCUGAAGAAACGGUAUUGGAAACAAAAAUUGAAUCGGCCAAAAAAGAAUUAGAACGAACAACAAAAUUAGCUGCCGAUACACAGCUGGAAAUUAGCCAAAUCAAAGCAAAUACUGUGGAAUUAGAUGAAUAUGAAAGACGGUUUAAUGAAACAAUUUAUGAUUAUGAUAAUGCUAUUUCGAAUGCCGAUUAUGCUAAUAUCACUUCAUUGUUAUCGAGAUCAAUUACUCCUCCUGUAUUAUUGACCGAAGAGCAGCAUGGCAAAGUGUUGGAUUCAACUUUAGAUGAAGAUCAAUUCAAUUCGGAUCCAUUUGCCGGUGAAGAUCCAUUCAAAGAUGAUCCAUUUGGUUCUAACAAAACUGCUAAUGACGCUUUUGGUUCGGAUAAUUUUGCAAAUUUCGAUGCAUUUGGCACAAGCAAUACUGCAAACAAUAAGGGCGAUCCAUUCGGAUUCUCACCAUUUGAUUCGAACCAAUCAGCCAAUGAUCAAUUUCGAUCGGAAAGUCCAACACCAGCAUUGCCGCCCAAAAAAAGCAAAGCUCCACCACCACGGCCAGCCCCUCCCAGUAAAUCUUCGGCAACCAACAAAACACCAUUACGAGCGGCACCACCACCACCAUCAUCAUCAAAAGAUAAACCAGAAAGACCACCACCAUUGUAUGCAAAUGCAUCAUCUAAUUUUGAUCCAUUCACUGAUCAGAAUCGUGACCCAUUUGGUUCUGAUUCAGGCUUUUCAUCCUCUAAUACACAGAAUUUCGCAAAUUUUGCCGAUUUCGAUAAGGCACAGUGAUUCAUUUUGAGAAAAAAAACAAAAAAAAAAUAAUUCUUGUCUUUAUCAUCACUUUUUAUUGUCUUGUUGCUGUGUUUUUGAUUCCUAGCGUUUUUUUUCCAUACACUUGAACACACAUACCGACAUUUGUGUUUUUCCCAUUUAUUCUUUGGUGAUUUUAAUUCUAUAGUCAUUCCGUUUCAUUAUCGUUAUCAUUCCUAUUUUUUUUUUUUUAACAUCAACACUUAUUAUCACACAUGUUCAUGAUUCUUAGCAAUAUCAACAUACACACACAUACAAACAAAAUAUAUAAAUCAUGAUUCAUUACAAUCAUAAUAUAUACCUGGAAAUACGAGUAUUGCCUUAAUUUUAUUCUGUGUUUUUUCUUUUCUUCAUUCAUUCAUUCAUUCGUUUGUUUUUUUUUCAUUGUUGAUCUUGUUAUAAUAAUAAUGAUAAUUGUUUUGUAAAUAGUAUCAAACACUCACACAUACACCCCCACACACACACACAAAAGAUAUUUGCACUCGAUUUCUUGGAUCAUUAUCAUCAUCAUCAUCAUCAACAUCAUCAUCGUCAACAACAAGAGCAUCCUAUUUAUUAAUUAAUUAACUAAUUAUAAUUGAAUACAUUGAUCAUCCAAAACCUUCUAUACAGUGAAAACAAAACAGUCAAAAGUUUGAUGUUCAAUAGUAACGUGAAUCUAAAAGACUCGUAAAUUUUCUUAUUAUAGUAAGCAAUACAUUUUCAAAUAUACACACACACACACACAUAAAUCUAUCGGCAAAAACAAAAAC